AUGACUACCAGACACCUUCGUCCCAAUUUGGGCUUCUGGGAGAAGGCCGAUGUGCCUUUCGUGCACCUAUCGGUGUACGCCAGUAUGCUGUAUCAUAUGGUCGCUGGCGUGUUCCGGGGGAAAGCCAGCCCCAAGCGUUAUGAUCACUUUAUCACGACCAACGUGAUUCGCAAGCUCGUGUCCCGGACUUCAGAUCGACAGAAGCAGUACAUGAACGCUCCUACUUCUGAUGUCUACACGACUGUUAUGAGCAAGAAUGGCUUCCAGCCCGAGACCGUGUCUCUUGCCCACGAUGCGGAGGGUCUCUGGAUUGGAAACAAAAAUGCCAAGAAAGUCGUAAUCUACUAUCACGGUGGAGGGUUUGCUAUGGCCGCGGUGCCUGGUCACUUCGAGUUUUGGCUCGCCAUGGUCCGUGCCUUGAAUGAGAAUGGCCAUGAUGUGGCCGUUUUCUUCUUGCGAUACACCCUGACCCCGCAUGCCCGUUACCCGACUCAGCUCCGUCAGGCCGUUGAGGCUUUGCGAUACAUCGUCAACGAGACGGGUCGGUCCCCGGCCGAUGUCGUCAUCGGCGGAGACUCAGCCGGCGGUAACCUCACAUCGGCAACCAUGCUGCACAUCUCGCAUCCACACCCUGAGAUCGAUCCCCUGACACUGUCGACUCCACUGGCAGGCACAUUUGCCUAUGCGCCGUGGACGAACUUCAGCGCCGGAGGGCCUUCCAUGAAGGAGAACCUGUGGAAGGACAUCAUCACGCCUGAAAUCCUGGCUAGCUGGUCGAAAUCUUACAAGGGCGAUAAACCCGCUGAUAACUGGAAUGAGCCAAACAAUGCACCUGCCGAAUGGUGGAAAGAUGCAAAGACAGAGCGAAUUUUGAUCCUCGCUGGCGGAGAUGAGAUUCUACUCUCAUCCAUUGAACAACUCGCGGAGAAAAUCAAGUCUGUAUUCCCGGAGACCACUCUGGUCAUCGGAGAGAACGAGUCGCAUGACGCGCCUUAUUUUGUUUCCGUGAAAGAGGAGACCCAGACAGGCACUGAGUUGAGAAAGUGGAUUGCCUCUCGUUUGUAA